AUGGCGAGAAUAUGCCGCCGAGCUGCUGUGGUUGCGGUCGCCGUGUGCAGCACCUGCCCAGCCUCGAGCUUCACCCCUUCCACGUUCGUCGGAGGAGGAGCGCAGAGCGCCGUGCUCUGCGGGAAGCCAUCAGGCUCUUCGCAGCUCGUAUCGCCACACGCGUGUGAUGCAUCAACGACGACGAUGGCGAUGGGAUCUGCUGGGGGAAAGAAGAGGGCAAGGGUUCGGAAAGUUUGGCGGCGGGGACAUGUCCAGGCCCGCGAGGUCAAGGACAAGCUCAACGCUGGGGUGUGGGACAAGUUCAGGGCCCCGCCGGAUACCCGGGGGCACGACGAGGUUACGUUCAGGAGCGGCUUCGAGGGGAGAACGCUGACGAUCCCUCAAGCCGAGAGAUAUUCGUCGUCCGCAUGGUGGCACAACCUCCGCACGCUGCCCACAAGCGUCAUCCUGCACCGAAUCAAGCACCCGCUGCUGGUCCAGACCUUCUGGGCGACAGCGGUUUCCUUGGUGCACGCUGGGUUGGGUGGUGUCCACUCUAUGAGCAUUAAGCCGCACACUCUGCUCGGUUCCGCUCUGGGUCUGCUCCUGGUUUUCCGCACCAACGCGGCGUACCAGCGGUUUCAGGAAGGGCGCAAGCUGUGGGAGGAGGUGUUGAACGUGUCGAGAGACAUCGCCCGGAUGAGCACCCUCUACGAAGACGUCUUCGGGAGGCGAUUAGUCCAGCGCAUCGCCAACCUCUUGGCCUGCCACGCCGUCAUCCUUCAGGAACACCUUCAAGGGUACAAGCUGCCGCGAGUGUGGGAGGACCUCCUUCGGCCGGAAGAGGUUAGGGAUCUCAUGACGACCAACUGCAACCGCCCCCUCAAGGUCGUCAACAUGAUCUCCCGUGAGAUCAAGUCAGUGCCGUACCGAUGCGAAGACUGGUCCUCUCGCGAACGCCUGGCGAUCCUGUCCAUGUGCAACAAGCUCGGGUCCACGAUAGGGGGGUGCGAACGGCUCGUGCAGACCCCGGUGCCCCUCCACUACGUGCGUCACACGAGUCGGUUCCUUACGAUAUGGUGCUUCCUCCUGCCGCUCGUGAUCGUUGGAGAGAUGGGAAUGGCCACGGCUCCAGUGGUGUUCCUGGCAACGUGGGCUCUCUUCGGCAUCCAAGAGAUCGGCCUCCUUAUCGAAGACCCCUUCCAGUCCGCGCUGAGCCUGGAUAUCAUGUGUAACUCCGUCUACACCGACGUCAUGCAGACGGUGGGGGUGGCUGACCCCACGCUUCCGCAGCAGCCGAUACCGAUGCAGGUGGGUAUCGCGGUUGCGGACCUCCAGGACACCCGUGUGGACCAAGACGUCGUCCCGCUCUCCGCCCGCUGCAAGCACCCGGUCCUUGCCGACUGGAACCACGACGCAAGCGAGCGGCAGACGGAGCUGGCGCACUGAGAAACCAUGGUAGAUAUUUUUUAACCAACCAUUCAGCCAGUGACGGUGGGCCUCGGAACGUUCCACGUUACUAAUAAUAUGUUUGUCCCGUGGAAGAAGAAGAAGAAGAAAAUGUCGCACGUUUUUCGACUCAUAGUUUUAUUCCGCUUGAGCAGUUCGGCGAUUGGGUGGGUGGGUGGGUGGGCGGACGUCUGCGCCGUCUCCUACGGUGUACGCGCUGCGCUUCCACAGUGUACGCGGGGCGUGCGUAGACGAGAGAAAUGGUGGCGGGGGGCGGUUAUAGGGGUGUGGCACGAUCGGGGUGAUGGGUGGAGAGUGGUGACUGCAGUCUUGAAAUGGCGUCUAGAAAGAAACAAGUGGCGUGGUGUGUGUGUAUGUGUGAUGAUUUCCCUUGCCGAAGGAGGUUUAGCGGGAGGGAGUCCGGUAGUGGUGUAUCUAUGUUGUUGUUGUUGUUGUUGUUGUUGUUGUUGUCGUGAAGAGGAAAAGCUCGAAAAUACGUUUCGGAAAUCUGCGUACUUGCUGAGCUAUGGACAUGUAGCGUUGGUGGCCGCCGUCCGGGCGCCGCAGCUGCCAAGUAUGAGUCAUGACUUCGGCACUAAUGUUUGUGUGGUCUAUUUGGGGGUGGGUGGGGCAAGGCCGCAGUAUAGCGUGGGGGCCGCUGCUCCAGGGAUAGUUGUUACUUUCACGAGGAGAUGGCAAUAUAAAUUUAUGACAUGGGUUGAUCCGCCGCAGUCUUUUGCGUUCAUCUGUGUGUGUAAGGCCCAACCAUGCCGAGCCAUGCCUACUUGAAAAAUAAUAAAAGGUAUCUCCUUCCAUGAUGGGAAAACAGUCAUGACACGUUUGCUCGGGCGAGAGCGAGAACUGAGCAGAGGAGGAGGCAGGCGCCAAUAUCUCAACAACGGUGGUGCAGCAGCAGCACGCAGUCCCGUAGCCUCGUUGGUUGCUACCGCGUUGGAGAGAGUGGUGGCACUGCUGACUGCUUGUGUCGUAUGCCGUGGGUGGGUUUUUGCUGCAAAGAGGCAUCUCGUUUCUCUCGGAGUUUUCUCAUGUUACAUCGUUUUGCAUGGGUCACGCAAGACAAAACGCGUGCGUGGGUUGCAUGCAUGUGCGUCGACUCUUUGUGCUAUCGGCAGCACUAGAAUGGAAGUGGUGUCAUUUCUAUUUUUUUGUUGGUGGGCGUUGGCGUUAUUUGCCGUUUAAGUACAAGUAGCGGUGCGUGGAAACGGUUGAACUUGCGUGCGUGCGGCUUGCAUCUGUUUUAGGGGUUUGUUUUCUUGCGCUUGCCGUAGCAGUGUCGCGGCGUGAAACCCCCUCCUCGCUGUCAACAGGUUAGUAGGGAGGGGUAAGAGCAAGAAGGUAGAUAUGUGCAUGUUGGUGAGGUAGAGGGCAGGGGGAGGGCCGAGCAUUG